UUCCACUCAGGAACCUCCGGAAGCUUGCUGAGUCCGGGACAGGGCGCUAGUUACCUGAAUUGGAGGCCGAGUGGGUCCCUUCCAGCUGGGACCCUGGCUCGCCCUUUUGGCAAGGCUACGUAUGCCGAAUCACUCAAUGUGAGUCCCAAUCCGCUUUGCUGGAGCUGUUCGCGGGACGAGGCAAGCUUCCGUGGCAUGAACUCGAACGACUCCGAGUUUGCGCCCGUCGAUUCCACUCGCUGCCCACUCACACACCGCGGUUGCUUAGGAGUGGGAUAGCACCUCAAGCCAGCAGCAGCAGCUCACCAUGCGGUCGCUCCUUUCCUUCGUCGUCGCCUUUGUCUUCGCGGCCGUGGUCUCGGCCGUCAGCACAUCUGGCAACAGGUUGCUGGCCAUCCUGGACGAUGUCGCCGAUAAGGACAAUUACUCCAAGUUCCUGGGCGAUCUGGAGAGCAGAGGAUUCCAGAUCUCUUUUGAAACCCCCAAGAGCGAAUCGUUGGCCCUGUUCCACCUCGGCGAGCGAUCCUAUGACCACAUCCUCCUGUUCCCGACCAGGACAAAGGGCCUCGGCCCCAACUUGACCCCCAACAUCCUCGUCGACUUCAUGAACGCCAAGGGCAACAUCCUCGUGGCCCUCAGCUCCGGGGUCGCGGCCCCGAGCUCGCUCGUCUCCCUGCUCUCCGAACUCGACAUCCAGCUCCCCGCCGACCGCACCGGCCUGGUGGUGGACCACUUCAGCUACGACGCCUCGAGCGCUCCCGACGCCCACGACGUGCUCGUCCUGCCGCCCCCGCACCCCACCCGGCCGGACGUCAAGGACUUCUUCGGCGCCGGCGCCGGCCGGGACGAGGUCCUCGCCUUCCCGCGCGGCGUGGGCGCCGCCCUCGGCCAGAGCGCGCUCCUCACCCCCGUCGUCCGCGCCCCGCGCACCGCCUACAGCUACAACCCCAAGGAGCAGGCCGAGGUGGUGGACGACCUCUUCGCGGCCGGCGAGCAGCUCGCCCUCGUCUCGGCCUUCCAGGCCCGCAACUCGGCGCGCUUCACCCUGGUCGGCUCCGCCGAGAUGCUGCAGGACAAGUGGUUCGACGCCGAGGUCACCAAGGCGGGCGGCAACAAGGCGGCUAAGACGUUCAACCGCGAGUUCGCCAAGCGCGUCAGCGGGUGGACGUUCAACGAGAUUGGCGUGCUGCGGGUCAACUGGAUCGAGCACCACCUCGACGAGGCGGGGGCGGCGGCCAACGAAUCUAACCCCAAGAUCUACCGCAUCAAGAACGACGUGAAAUACACAAUCUCUCUCUCCGAAUACGCUUGGGACACCUGGACGGCCUUCUCCCUCCCAUCGAAUGACGCACUCCAGCUGGAAUUCUCCAUGCUGUCACCCUUCCACCGCCUCCCGCUCGCCCUCGAUGCGCCCCAGUCCUCGGACUCGGCGUCGGCCUACAGCGUGUCCUUCAAGCUGCCGGACCAGCACGGCAUUUUCAACUUCAAGGUCAACUACAAGAGGCCGUUCCUGUCCAAUGUCGAGGAGAAGAAUACCGUGUCGGUGCGACACAUCGCCCACAAUGAGUGGCCGCGCAGCUAUGUCAUCAGCGGCGCCUGGCCGUGGAUUGCCGGCAUCGGAGUGACCGUGACUGGUUGGCUGGCUUUCUGUGCCUUGUGGUUGUACAGCGCGCCUGUGGGAGGGCCUCGGGAGACCAAAAAGACGCAGUGAGUGAGGGGUGGGGAUGUGGCAGGCCAGAAUGUAUGCUGUGACGGGUGCUAGACGGUGGCGGUUGUUGUUUUCGUCUCAUGUGGCUGUGGUUUCGUUCUGUAUACAAUAUACACCGUACCGGAUGGCAGGCGUAAAAUAUCGGUUCUCCUUAAAAAGCUAUGAAUAAACGGAUGGCUCCAGAUCUUUCCCGCCCGGUCGUGUAAAGUGAGAUGAAAUCAUCGA